AUGGCCCGCAAUCGUUUUCACCGUAACCGCCGCUGCGGCCAGGUUCCCGUACCCAGCACCCCUACAGUACAAGCACGCAAUCUUAAUCUCCACCACGAGACAGCUCGCACACCAAAUGUUGGACAAAUGGACAAUACCCAUGCCUCCACCCCGACUUCUCAAUCAGCCCGCAAUCAUCGCGCGGCCGCCAGCGUCACCCCAAGGCCCAAAGCCACAACGCCUCCUGCCACCAUCACCCUUGCAAUCGAGAACAGCCCAUUUAGUCUACCCCACAAUCCCAUUGAAGACUUCCUCGCUACACGCGCCCAGAGAAUCGCCUCAUACCGGACAGUUGCAGCUGGGACGGCGAGGCUCAGCGAUAUGAAUUAUAUCUUCGGCACUGUUAUAGCUCCAGGCCCCAUUUUUUCUGCUCCAUAUUUCUAUGCUAUCUCGUUACAACCUAGUGUACUUGAGUGGGCACCAACCACGGCCCAAUUUGUUCCCCCCCGCUACAGCGGCCCCACUAGAGACAUCAAAAUCGACGGACACACAUUCCCUCUCCCUACGGAUGCGGUGGAUGCCUUCCUGGUAACUCGUGAAGCGACAAUCGCGGCAUUUCUGGGGAUCCCAGCGGGUAAGACGGCGGGUGAGUGGGCGGGAUAUAUGCCAUUUGUUUUAGGCACUCCUACCAUUCCUACCCCCGAGUCGACCAGCGUUGUGGGAAGCGAGAGCGGCCCAGCACCCUAG